AUGUCAGUCCAGGGAGAAGGGAUUGGAGCCGUUGCCUGCGCAAAGAAUCUCGUCGACUGGAUAGCCAUGUUUGGAGUCCCCAAAUCAGUCAUCUCCGAUCGGGGACCCCAGUUUUCAAGUAGCCUGUGGGAAGAGGUUGGAAAGAUACUCGGUUUUAAAAGCAAUCUUUCUACAGCAUAUCACCCGCAGACUAAUGGAAAGGUUGAACGCAUGCAUAGAAGCCUGAAAAAUGCCUUACGUUCACGUCUUGAUGGUCGGAAUGACUGGUUAUGUGAAUUACCGUGGGCCAUCCUUGGACUCCGAAAUCGACCCAACACCGAUUCCCAGCUUUCCCCUUCUGAACUUGUUUUUGGCGGAAAAGUCCGCCUGCCAGGUCAGCCUACUCUGCCCAUUUCGAAAAUUCAGCCAGCUACCUUCGCCGAAAAACUAAAGAACGCGGUUGCGAAUCAAGAUAAGCCGACAACUCAGUGGCAUUUGGCGCAAAAUUCAAAUUUCAAUGUUCCGCAAGUUCUAAAGAAAUGUGAAAUGGUUCUCUUACGAGAGGAGCGAAAACUUUCAAGCCUUCGUCCGAAAUAUUGCGGUCCUUUUAAAGUGCUUAAUCGAAAUGCGAAAACAAUUACCAUCGGACUGCCUACAGGGGAAGAAAAAGUUUCCAUUGACAGAGUGAAACCCUACUUUGAUAAAUGA